UCCACGCAAUCACACAGAUUGAUCACGUUCAGUAGCUCAAAUGUUGCGAAACGGAACGCUCGCUGCUACUGGAUAUCUAAAAGAAUACACCAAUAGCAGCGAGCGCUCACAGAUUCUUCCGCAAGAGUUGUGUCUACUGAACGCGGCCAUUGGCUUACGCUAUUCCGUAUCCAGCGAAUAAAAAAUUGGACCAUCUAUGCCAUACGCGGGGUGCGCCAAGUGAGUUUACAUUUCGUUACCAUGGCAAUCGAACUUGUCAAACUUACGAAAAGUAAGUUAUCAACAGUUAUCAAACGAAUGGGCACGAGAGAAACAGAUCGUCAAGAUUAGAGUUUCGUAAAAAUGGCAAAUGACAUUCUCAGCAAUGGCCGUUUACGAGAAAACACUGUUGUACAACGAACAAGAAACGAUCGAGGCAAUCGAGCACCAGACAUAGCAGCAAUAGAAAGUCGCAAUUGGUUGCUACAUCGACAUUACACGAGACACGAAUACAGCGCUUGCAAGCUACUCAUCGAGCAGGAAUUAAUGAAAUCUAAUGGUCACGAAUACGCCAAUUAUUUAAAGGGUUUAAUUCUUCGAAAGGAGGGUAGGAUUCAAGAUUCCUUGGAUUGUUUUCAAAUCGCGUAUAAUGUGAAUUCGACAAACAUCGAUAACGUUAAACAGAUAGCAAAAUCGUUACUGAUAAUGGGAAGUCACAAACGCGCGAUAGAUGCAUAUGCGGAAGCCGAAAAGAUAUCUAUUCUACCAGAUUGGGAAAUAUAUCAUGGCCUUGGCGAGGCUUAUGUAAAAUUGAACCAAUUACAAGAGGGUAAAAAAUAUUUCAAAAGAUCCACGGAAUUAACCAAAAUUGAAUUGCCCAAUAUUGAUCUUGCGAGACUCUAUCUCUUAGAUGAUAUGAUUCCAGAAGCUAGAAAUGCUUAUACGGCAGCUUUAAACGGGAAUCCCCAGAGUAUAGAUGCAGCGACAGAACUGGGUCUCUUAUAUCUUAAAAUCGGAGAUACGCAACGAGCAUUUCAGCAAUUUGGAGCAGCUUUAGCUCAUUCGCCUAAUUGCGUCAAGGCAAUCUUGCCUAUGGCUUAUGUAAUGCAGAGUCAUCGAGAGUACGAUGUGGCCUUAUCGAAAUAUAAAAUUGCGGCACAGACCAUUCCAGAAUCUUCGAUCCUUUGGAAUAACAUUGGAAUGUGCCUUUACGCAAAACAAAAGUAUGUUGCGGCUAUUAGCUCGCUGAAACGAGCACAUUAUUUGCACCCGAUGUCUUGCGUUCCGUCGUGCAACCUGGGAGUCGUUUUUCUUACCACUGGACAGCCGAAGAAUUCUAUGCCAUAUCUGUUAUUGGGUUUGGCUCUAAAACGUUUGGAUGAUCUGGAAGGUGCCGAAAGAUCAUUGACGAAAGCACACGCAUUAGCUCCUCAGGAUCCAUUAAUUUUGAUCAAUUAUGCUGUGGUACUUGAUGCUCGCGGGAAACAAGCUGAUGCCGCUGAAAUUUUAACAGCGCUCAAUGACAUUAUGGCUGUCGUUGAAGUCGAUAUGCAGAUAUCACAAAUGGCAAGCAAGUUAUUAAAGAAAUUACAACGCGAAAAAACGGAAUCGACUACCGGUCAAGAAAUAUCAACGGAAAAAUAUGAAAAGCGACAAUUGAGUCCUGACGAAGUUUAAAAAUCAUGUUAUUUGUCGCGCGAUAAUACGAAAGUGUUCGUGUUAUUUCCAGAAAUUUUAUUAGGAAAAAGAAUCAAAGAGAAGAAUCUUGGCAAUUACACAUUUCUAUUGGAGAGUGCGUUUUACACAAAGUGUGUUUUAUUACAAAUUACACAUACUACAUGUAUUUAUCGUUUUAUUUUGAAAAGUACACACGUACAUUUAGAAUAAGCAGUAUUUAGAAUAAGCAGGUACAUUUAGAAUAAGCAAAAUUACAAAAAAGAGAUUAACUGUGCGUGUGAAAAAAUUGUGUAUGUGUGUGUGUGUGUGUGUGU